GCUUUUUGUUCCUUGGAAGCCUGUGGCGCAAAGCUCUUCCUUCAAAAGCAUGGCCUUCAGUGGCCUUCAUGGGGUUGAUGGCAUCCCGCGCAGCAGCUUUGAAGAUUCUGCGUGACAUUCCUGCAACACGACGAGAGCACUCGAGGCGCAUUUGCCACGCUGGACAGCUGGAUACUAAAGCCUUCCUGCGACGGAAUGCCAUAGAGACUUUAGCCGCUGAUUUGGACGAGGAGGCUUUGGGCGCCUUAAGCUUUGCGUUGCAAGAUCCAGACCCGGAGAUUCGUGCGGACGUUGCGCGGGUGUUGCGGCCGAUCCUACCAGAUCGCUCUCAGGUGAUUGGCAUUAUCCUUGCCUUGAUGCAAGACGGUCGCUCCUUCAUAAGGGAAGCUGCCUCAGAAGUCCUUUGUUUUGGGAUGCAUGGCAGAAGAAGACGAUUCAGCCUUGCUUGCGGCAAACUCUUUCUUCGCUGAUUCCAGAUCAUGGCUCAGGUGUUUCUCUGUGAGGAUUCUUGGCCGGUGCGCCUGGAACAAGACUGCAUUGCAACUGGCCAUCGGGCAUUUGGCGGAUUCCAGGUUCUUUGUGCGGCAGGGUGCUGUUGAGGUCUUGGGCCAUAGUACCUUUGCUGAACGGUGAGAGUUCAUGAGAUCUCGCACGGGUGAUGAAGGCACGGCAAAGACUCAUGAUGCUCAUGUCAGGCGCGAUGCUUGGGAUAUCUGAUGCCGUGGCCCCGCUUCUCUCAAGCUUGGAGGAUUCCUCUCACUUCGUCCAAGAAUUGGCCAUCAAGUGGCGCGAAAGGCUGCUGUUUGCUGCAAUGAGAUGGCUCAAUGAGGAAGCUCAAACUGGUGGAGCUCGCUUUGGCUCCACGCUCUCGAAGGAACUCAGCUUCACGGUCUUGAAGCUCAUGAGCUCUCAGGGAGAUGUGUCGGCCAUUGGCGCAGCGGUGAAGGCUUUGUCUUGUAAGAACCCGACUUGCAGAGUGGCUGCCGUUCAGAUCUUGGGUGAAGCAGCUCUUCAGGGACAUGAGCUUGCCAUUUUGGUCCUGGAUCUUUCUUUGCAGAAAGAUUUGCACGAGGUCAAGGUGGAGAACAUGCAUAUGAAGCUUCAUGUAGAUUCAGUGGAUUUGCCUGAGAAGAUUCAAUUGGCCUCAGAAGCUUUGAUGGAAUCGGCCAAGAACAUUUCAGAUGCAGUGAAGGAUUUGAUGCCAGACGAGAUUGUAAGGAGACAGCUUGACAGAGAACCAAGCACUGUGAGCUCAGCUUGCCAGAAAACAAUUCAAAAGCUGAUUGACGAGAAAGGUGUUUCCGCCACAAUGCAGCACAUCUUGCAGAUGGCUGUGCAUGAUGAAGAGGUGAUGCCAGGCGUCAAAAAUGAAGAAGAGGAUCCAAUGGAAGAGGCGGCCCUCAAGGUCUUGGAGGGAAGAAGGAGUGUUUUUAGCCCUGCGAGUGGUGCUCUCAUCACGGACUCCGUCUCCUACCUCCGACGGGCCGCAGUGGAGACACUGGCAGAUCGAGCGAAAGCUGGAGACACCUCGGCGAUCCGAGCCUUGUGCUUGGCCUUGGAGGACUCAGAGGCUGAGAUUUGUGAAGCUGCUGCGAUGCUGUUGGCUGCUUGUGGUCGGGCUGCUUGCCCGAUUGCGGCGAUGGGGUUGGGACACCCUUGCAACACAAUGCGCAAAAGGACUACUUGCCUUUUGCGCCUUUUGUCUGAGGAGGCUCCUAUGGAUGUCUUUGAAAGUAUCAAGCCCUUCUUUGGCAAUUCAAAGGCCGCACAACACAUUGUCGAGAUUUUGGGCGGGCUGGGCUCGAUGAAUGUCCAUGAAGCUUGGCUGGCCCUGCCGCCUUUCUUGCACCACGAAGAUGCCGCGGUCCGAGAAAUGGCAGUCAAACUGCUGCGCAAUGGCUCUGAGUUCCAAAUGAUCAAUGGCACACUGAAAACGUACUGAUGCGCAUUGGCCGACAUUGCACCAGAUUCUGGAAAGAAUGAUGUGGAGCCGGUUGUUUGGGUUUGGCUCAGCUGGAUAGGGCACUGGAUGCGUCAUUUACACCUUCGUGAGCGAAUUGCUAUGCGCCAGCUGGGCAAGCCAUGACCGAAAAGGAGGUGCUGCAUUGGCGGACUUCAAAUUCAAAAGAAGCCCAACUCAGGUGACAUGCGUGUUUGAAAGGCAAAGGCGAGUUCGGCACCAAUGUCUCUUCCACAUCCGAAUUGCA